UCCUCUUUUAAUGUUGUUAGUGGAGCUUAUUAGCUCUGCUGCUUCUGCGGAGCUACUCUACUUAUAUUUUACAAGAGUUGCUGCAUAUCUAAUACAGGAUUUUGAUCUUCCCCAUAAAAACUGGACCCAUCUGUGAACCACGCUGAAUGUUCUGUGGCACAAAGUCAGCAACAGAGCUUUUAUCUGAUAACAGUUGACAGGUCAUAUUACUCCCUGAAUUAGGAUUAUAAGAAGGGAAAAGAAAAAAAAAAGAUCAGCUCACUCUUUUUGCGUUACUCAGUUUCAUUCUCUCUGGGUGCUCAAGAAUGGAUUUACCUUCCAGUGUCACUGCCACCUGGAACAUUCGGCACCAUAUAUGAGAAGAGAGCUAGAAGCAAACUAAGAACGACUUGCACGUAUUAUUUUACAGAGAACUAUCCUAAAUCAAUUUAAAAUGCAUCCUGAAGAUGAAAAGCAGAAGUAUACUGUCAAUGGAAAUACAUAUGAGAUCGCUACCUCCAUCCGGGAUCAAGAUCCAGAAGACAAAAAGAAGAAAAAGAAGAAGAAAGGGGAAAAGCCUAAAAAGGUCAGCCCGUUAGCACUGUUUCGAUACUCCACCUGCACAGACAAAUUAUUAAUGAUAUUUGGCUCUCUCUUGGCAAUAGCCCAUGGAAGCAGUCUCCCUAUAGCAAUGAUAAUUUUUGGUGACAUGACUGAUAGUUUUGUUACUUCUGAUGAAACAAAUUUUACAGGAAACCUUUCUACACUGAAUUCCUCUUCAGAGAUGCUUGACAAGCUGGAAGAAGAUAUGACAAAAUAUGCAUACUACUAUACUGCAAUAGGAGCUGCUGUUCUUGUUGCUGCUUAUGUCCAGACAUCAUUCUGGACACUGGCAGCAGGCCGACAAGUUAAAAAAAUUAGAGAAAAAUUUUUUCAUGCAAUUAUGAAACAGGAGAUUGGAUGGUUUGAUGUAAAUGAUGCAGGAGAACUUAACACUCGUCUCAUAGAUGAUGUCAGCAAGAUUAAUGAAGGAAUAGGUGAUAAAAUUGGAUUGCUUAUUCAGUCAGAAACGACAUUUAUAUCAGGAUUUGUUGUUGGUCUUGUAAGAGGAUGGAAAUUAACCCUUGUAAUACUUGCAGUCAGUCCUGUCCUAGGACUUUCAGCAGCCCUCUGGGCAAAGAUUCUCACUGCAUUCACCGAUAGAGAGCAAGCUGCAUAUGCAAAAGCAGGAGCUGUUGCAGAGGAAGUUCUGGGUGCAAUCCGUACUGUAGUAGCUUUUGGAGGGCAAGAAAAAGAAAUUAAAAGAUACCAUAAAAAUUUAGAAGAUGCUAAACGCAUUGGAAUAAGAAAGGCUAUUACAUCUAAUAUUUCUAUUGGUGCUGCUUUCUUACUGAUAUAUGCAUCAUAUGCACUGGCCUUCUGGUAUGGAACUACCUUGGUCUUAACCGAUGAUUACACUAUUGGCAAGGUUCUUACAGUCUUUUUCUCUGUACUGAUUGGAGCUUUCAGUAUUGGACAAACUGCUCCAAGCAUAGAGGCAUUUGCUAAUGCAAGAGGAGCAGCCUAUGCAAUCUUUAACAUCAUUGACAAUGAACCUCAAAUUGACAGUUAUUCAAAUGCAGGACACAAACCAGACCACAUUAAAGGGAACUUGGAAUUCCAAAAUGUUUUCUUCAAUUACCCAUCCAGACCAGAUGUUGAGAUACUGAAAGGCUUGAAUCUCAAGAUUAAUUGUGGCCAGACAGUAGCCCUGGUUGGUGGCAGCGGCUGUGGAAAAAGUACAACUGUUCAGCUCAUCCAGAGAUUUUACGACCCCAAGGAAGGCACGAUUACCAUCGAUGGGCAGGAUCUGAAGAGCCUGAAUGUAAGAUAUCUGCGGGAGAUUAUUGGUGUGGUGAACCAGGAGCCCGUGCUGUUUGCUACAACUAUUGCAGAAAAUAUUCGCUAUGGCCGCGAGGAUGUCACCAUGGAAGAAAUUGAAAAAGCUGCCAAGGAAGCUAAUGCUUAUGAUUUCAUCAUGAAGCUCCCCAAGAAGUUUGAAACUGUGGUUGGAGAAAGAGGGGCACAGAUGAGUGGAGGGCAGAAGCAGCGAAUAGCAAUUGCCCGUGCUCUGGUUCGCAAUCCUAAAAUUCUUCUGCUUGAUGAGGCAACAUCAGCUUUGGAUAAUGAGAGUGAAUCCGUUGUGCAGGCAGCGCUGGAUAAGGCAAGAGAAGGACGGACCACAGUUGUAGUAGCUCACCGUCUGUCAACUGUUCGAAACGCAGAUCUUAUUGCUGUGUUUGACAGUGGAGUUAUUACAGAACAAGGAAAUCAUUCUCAACUAAUUGAAAACAAGGGAAUCUACUACAAACUUGUGAACAUGCAGGCAAUAGAGACUGAAGAUCCAUCAUCAGAAAAAGAUGAGAAUACAGUCAGCAUCAAAAGAAAUGGAUCUCCGUCAAAUCUGGAUGAAUCCUUUAAGAAAGGACUGAGAAGAGGAUCAACUCGGAGAAGCAUGAAAAAGCCAAAUGAUACUGAUGGGAAAGAUGGUUCACCUGCUGAAGAAUUACCUCCAGUUUCAUUUCUGAAAGUUAUGAAGUUGAACAAAAAAGAAUGGCCGUACUUUGUAGCUGGAACUCUGUGUUCAGUUGUCAAUGGAGCUUUACAACCUGCAUUUGCAGUCAUAUUUUCAGAAAUUAUAGGGAUUUUUUCAGAAACAGAUGAUAAUGUUUUGAGAGAAAAGAGCAACUUGUAUUCACUGCUGUUUUUAGCAAUUGGGAUUGUUUCGUUUUUUACUUUCUUUGUUCAGGGUUUUGCAUUUGGCAAAGCUGGAGAAAUUCUUACAAUGAGGCUUCGAUUCAUGGCAUUUAAAGCAAUGCUGAGACAGGACAUGGCCUGGUUUGAUGACCCUAAAAACAGCACUGGAGCACUGACAACAAGACUUGCUAAUGAUGCCUCACAAGUGAAAGGAGCAACUGGCAUCAGAUUGGCAUUAAUUGCCCAAAACAUAUCUAACCUGGGAACUGGUAUUAUUAUAUCUUUAGUUUAUGGCUGGCAGCUGACCCUGUUACUUUUAGCUGUUGUACCAAUCAUCGCAGUGGCAGGAAUGAUUGAAAUGAAGAUGUUGGCUGGGCACGCAAAAAAAGAUAAAAUAGAGCUGGAAGCUGCAGGAAAGAUUGCAACAGAAGCUAUAGAAAAUAUUCGAACUGUUGCUAGUUUGACACGGGAAAAAAGGUUUGAGUUGAUGUAUGGAGAGCAUUUGCAUGUACCAUACAGAAAUUCUGUGAAGAAGGCACAUAUAUUUGGGUUUUGUUUUGCCCUUUCACAAGCAAUGAUGUUUUUUACCUAUGCUGGCUGUUUCCGCUUCGGAGCCUAUCUUGUGGUUAACGGGUACAUGCAGUACAAAAGUGUGUUCUUAGUGUUUUCAGCUGUUGUAUUUGGUGCUAUGGCAUUAGGACAAACCAGUUCUUUUGCACCAGACUAUGCCAAAGCCAAGAUAUCAGCAGCCCACUUGUUUGUGCUAUUUGAUAGAGUACCUUCAAUAGACAGUUACUGCGAAGAUGGAGAGAAACCUGUAACAUUUGGGGGAAACACGAGGAUCAAAGAUGUAAAAUUUAACUAUCCAAACCGACCAGAGGUCAAAAUCCUCCAAGGCUUGAAUCUACAAGUAGAAAAAGGACAAACAUUGGCCCUUGUUGGUAGCAGUGGAUGUGGAAAGAGCACUGUUGUUCAGCUACUUGAGAGAUUUUACGAUCCACUCAGUGGAGAAAUUGAGUUUGAUGACAAAGAUGCCAAAACACUAAACAUCCAGUGGCUGAGAUCUCACAUUGGUAUCGUCUCACAAGAGCCAAUCCUGUUUGACUUCACCAUCGCUGAAAACAUCGCAUACGGGGACAACACUCGGGAGGUGUCCCAUGAGGAAAUCAUUAGUGCAGCAAAAGCAGCCAAUAUUCAUUCCUUCAUUGACUCUCUGCCAGAAAAAUACAAUACUCGUGUAGGAGACAAGGGAACACAGCUUUCUGGUGGUCAGAAACAACGUAUUGCUAUUGCUCGAGCUCUUGUACGUAAGCCACAGAUUCUGCUGCUGGAUGAAGCCACGUCUGCCUUAGACACAGAAAGCGAAAAGAUUGUCCAGGAAGCACUGGAUAAAGCCAGAGAAGGCCGCACCUGCAUCAUGAUAGCUCACCGCCUGUCCACCAUCCAGAAUGCUGACAAGAUUGCUGUGAUCCAGAACGGCAAGAUCAUAGAGCAAGGGACUCAUCAGCAGCUUCUGGCUGAAAAAGGCUUCUACUAUUCACUGGUCAAUGUUCAAAGUGGGUCUUGCAACAUGUAAAUUAAAGGCAGUACUUCUCUCCAAA